AUGCAUGGAGUAAUCGCGAAAAAGGGUCCACCAAACCCGGCCGAAGCCGAGCUGAACAUUCACGAACAUAUGCAAAAUCUGUUUGUCAACUCAUCAGCUCGUCAAAAUAACAUGGCCAAACUGCCCAGUACGAGUUACCGUGCCGAUGGUCAGAUGACUGACGCCUACUGGCUAAACGGUAAGUAA